AAUAUUAUUUGAAAACCCUAAAUCUCUCUCUCUCUCUCUCUCUACCCCCCCUGUAUUUGAACCGCGGCGAAAUCUCUCGCGAUAAUUUCCGCAGAAAUUCUGAGGAAAUAAUCGCAUGCUUGCGGUUCACCGAUUUGUAUGGCAUCUACUCGAAUCUUGAGCCUAUUGAUUACUGGGGCUGUUUGGUUGACUGCUUACGUUGCUGCUGCGAUUCUCGUCACGUUUCGAUUGGUUUAGUUCUCGUUUUCCUCAAAUUUUCAUCAAGAGACUAGCGAUCAGAGUUGAGAUAUCGUCGUACGAUCGUUAUGGGUUACGCACAACUUGUAAUUGGCCCUGCUGGCAGCGGCAAGUCUACCUACUGCUCUAGCUUGUAUAAACACUGUGAAGCUCUUCGGAGAGCUAUUCAUAUCGUGAACCUAGACCCGGCUGCUGAGAACUUUGACUACCCUGUAGCCAUGGAUAUCAGGGAGCUCAUAUCUUUGGAUGAUGUCAUGGAGGAACUUGGAUUUGGACCAAAUGGGGGUCUGAUUUACUGUAUGGAACACCUUCAAGAAAAUUUGGACGACUGGCUGGAAGAUGAACUUGAGAAUUACUUGGAGGAUGAUUAUCUUGUAUUUGACUGUCCAGGUCAAAUAGAGCUAUUUUCACAUGUUCCUGUGUUGAAGAACUUUGUGGAACAUUUACAGCGGAAGAACUUCAAAGUCUGUUGUGUUUAUUUGCUGGAUUCACAGUUCAUUACUGAUGUGACCAAGUAUAUAAGUGGCUGCAUGGCAUCUCUUUCUGCGAUGAUUCAACUCGAACUACCUCAUGUCAACAUUCUUUCAAAAAUGGAUCUCGUGACGAACAAAAAGGAUAUCGAAGAUUUCUUGAAUCCAGAGGCGCCAAUUUUGUUGUCACAGUUGAAUCGGAAUAUGCCUGCUUCAUUUGCGAAGCUUAAUAAAGCUUUGGCAGAAUUGGUGGAUCAGUUCAACAUGGUGAAUUUUGUGCCUCUGGAUUUGAGAAAGGAAAGCAGCAUACAAUACGUUUUAUCCAUGAUUGACAACUGUAUCCAAUAUGGAGAAGAUGCUGAUGUGAAAAUACGAGAUUUCGAUCCCGCUGAUGAUGAUGACUAGGCUUCAAAUACAGCUAGCUUUUGGGCACUCCAUAUGAACUUUAUUCUAGAUGUACUAAUUGAAAACACCCUAUGCAGGUGAUAUACCGCUUCAUACUUGGAUUCGUAUAUAUUUGACAAGGUUACAAGGUCUCAUGCGGCAUGAAUAGGGAUUGUGAUGUCAUGAUACUAAGAACUUAUGGUUUACUACUUAAUUGUCACAUUCUUUUGACCUGAAACAAAACAAUCGGCUUAUAAAGAUGUGGUUCGUAAAUAAAUUUGGAGAAAUUAACUCGGUUCUUCGUGA